AUGGACGACUUAUCCAGUAGACUUGAUAACUUUGGCCCUGCUAUUCAAGAGUUGAUGAAGCUUGGUGGCACGCCAGGCUUGAGUCUCUCAGUCGCGACCAAGAACCAGCCUGUCUAUCAUGCAAAUUACGGCUUUCGAGACCUUCAGAACGAACUUCCUGUCACAGAACAGACGAUAUUUCCGGUAUGUUCGCUCGCAAAAGGCGUGUCAGCCGCGGCCAUGGGGAUAUUGGUCGACGAAGGCAUUGCGUCGUGGGAGAUGCUUGUCAAAGACGCAACGGCCUCUUUCCAUCCAAACGACACUUAUCUGUAUAAUAACACAACACUAGCCGACCUAUACAGCCACCGCAGUGGAAUGUCAUCAUGCGGAAAUCUGGUUGGUGGUUGUGAGGGUAACAUCUUGAUCGGCAGAGACGAUUGCAUGCAGGUCGUUAAUCACCAGACUCUAGUCCCCGCUCAUCUCGGUUCAUUUGCGUACAAUAGCACUGCUUAUGACGCCUGCGAUGAGAGUUUCAGAAGCCUCAGCGGCAUGUCGCUGGGCGACUUCCUCCAGCAGCAGGUCUUCGUUGAGCUCGGCUUACGAAGGACCUUUAUAAAACCCCCGCCCAGCAACACAGAUAACGUGACAAAGUCUUACAACGCGUUGGAUAAUGGCACGCCAUGGUGUAUACCAGGACCCAAGCUUGGUGAAGAUGGUAUCGGCUGCGGCUCUGGUGGACUCUGGUCUUCCGCUGCUGAGUUGAUCAAACUCUACACUUGUUUUGUCCAGAGCUUCAACCAUGAGUGUCAGACAGGCCAAACCACGACACCAGGCUCCCCUCUGAAGCAGGUAUCGAAGAUAAUGUCUCCUCACGCGACAAUGCUCUCGAAUGAGAGGGGAGAAGUGUCUUACGGACUGGGAUGGGCUCGUGUGCAACUGCCCAACAGCUUGGGACAUAUUGGUCUGAACGGUCGGCUGAUGCCACAUGGAAUGCCUGUUAUCGGGGAAGCAGUAGCUGACGAACUGAUAUCAUAUCAUCAAGGCACGCUCCCAGGCGCUCUUGCGAGUGUUAUACUGAUUCCCCGUACGGAAAGCGUUGUGUUGGUCAUGGGCAACAGCCUCUCACUUACUGAUGUACCUGAUUGGGUGUCACAAAUGGUACUUGAAGAAAUCAUCGAUGUUCCGAUAAAGGAUCGUACCGACUUUAUUGCAUACGCAAAGACGUCUAUCGCCAUCAACUUGGGAUGGUAUGGCAGAAUCACCCAAGGUCUUGUGCAGGGCCGACCACAAAUCAUCAAACCUCACAAACCAUUGGAGUCUUACAUAGGAAAAUAUGUCGAUAAGAGCCGUGUAUUCAGCGUCGUGGUUACUGUGGAAGAGGGGGUGAUGUUUUGGGCAUUCCAGGGACUGGAUUCGGAAAGGUACAAGCUGACACAUUAUGAUGGCAACACCUUUACGUGGCUGCAACCACGGAACGACUUGUCGUGCCGCGGCAGAUGGGUAUUGGGAAAUGACAAUGAUCCUACGUUCUGGAAGGUGGAGUUUGGUGUCGAUGAACAUGGCACUGUAAACAAGGUGGUCUGGCGCCACGACCCCUCCCUAGAUCUCAUUGUCUAUUCACGAUAG